AUGGCGCGCUCACGCUCUGACUCGUUCAGCGACGAUGAUCUCGAAAUUCUGAGCUCCCAGGCGGCCAACAUGAGCCUGGGCCCUCCCCCGAUCCAAACUCCCGUGCGGAAGUCCAGGUCACCGUCGAAGAACAUUCCCGUCAUCGACCUAACAAACAGCCCCGCUGUCACCCCCUCUACCGCGACGAAAACCCCCGUUGCUGCAACGCCCGUCCCGAAGUUUGGGCAUCCCACACAACUGACCGCUCGCUUUGGGACGCGUGCCAAUGAUCCCAACCACAUGUUCAUUCAGCGCAAGACGCGUCCCGAGUUCCAUGCCGACUUGUACAGGAGCUCGGGCCCGCUGAAGCCCAAAACAGAGCCCAAGAAAGCGCCCGCGCUGCCCAUGUUCAGCUCCGUUAGUGACGAAGCUCUGCCACCGGAGAAGACCAUCCUGUCCUCGGGGGCCUCGUAUGGAGAUAAGGUCUUUUAUACAGAUCCUGCCAAGGCUGCUGCGGAUCUGAAGGCUCUGCUCGAGGGUAGUAUUGAGUCGGAGGACGAAGAAGUGAACAAAGACAAGAAGAAGGACGAGAAUGAUGUUGGCGAUGAUGGUACUCUCGAAGGGAUCAAAGUGAAACUCCUCCCUCAUCAGGUCGAGGGAGUGAGGUGGAUGAAGGGUCGCGAACUUGGGCCGGUCAAGAAAGGGAAAGUUCCCAAGGGCGGUAUUCUAGCAGAUGAUAUGGGUCUGGGUAAGACGUUGCAGAGUAUCUCUUUGAUCGUCAGCAACUCAAAGCCGGCACUGGGUGAGAACGGAUGGAAGGACCACUUCGCAAACAUCUCCAAGGCAACUCUUGUGGUCGCUCCCUUGGCGCUCAUUCGGCAGUGGGAAGCUGAGAUCAAGGAAAAGGUCUCGGAAUCGCGCCCUCUCAAAGUCUGCGUCCAUCACGGUCAAAAGCGCAGCACAGAUCCCAAGGUCCUUGCCCAGUAUGAUGUGGUCAUCACUACCUACCAGACGCUGGUGUCGGAACACGGCGGUAGCAAUCUAGAUCCUAAGAAGAAACCGCAAAUCGGGUGUUUCGGAGUCCACUGGUUCCGUGUCAUCCUGGACGAGGCACACAGCAUCAAGAACCGCAAUGCUAAGGCUACGAAGGCUUGCUGCGCUCUCCGAGCAGAGUAUCGCUGGUGUCUGACUGGCACACCAAUGCAGAAUAACCUUGACGAACUGCAGUCCCUCGUGCACUUUCUCAGGAUCUCCCCUUACGAUGACCUCACCGAGUGGCGGCAGCAGAUCGAUCUUCCCCUCAAAAAUGGCAAAGGUCACAUCGCCAUCCGCAGGCUUCACAGCUUGCUGCAAUGUUUUAUGAAACGGCGGACCAAAGAUAUUCUCAAGGAAGAAGGCGCCCUUGUCGCCGGCGGCAAAAAAGCUCUCGAAGAGGCCGCGGCGAAAGCGAAGGCCGAAGGGCGUGAGGCCCCCGAGCCGCCCAAGUCGUCCUUUAAGGUUACGCAACGCAAGGUUGUCACCAUUGAGACGCAGUUCUCGCCUGUGGAACGCAAGUUCUAUGAUCUCCUUGAGAAACGGACUGACCGGAGUCUCCAAAACAUGAUGAAGGCCGGUAUCAACUAUGCUAAUGCACUCGUGUUGCUUCUGCGUUUGCGUCAGGCUUGCAACCACCCCCUCCUGACAGACUCAAAGAUCGAAAAGGAACUAGAGGCACUGGCCGCUGAAGUAAAGCCUCCGUCCAAAGCCGAAGCUGGCGAUGACGAUAUCGACGCCCUCGCCGACGCGCUUGGCGGCAUGGGCAUCCAAACGAAGAAAUGCGACAUGUGUCUCAACGAGCUGAGCAGGAGAGAGAUACAAGCUGGACAAACCCGCUGUACCGAGUGCAUUGAGAGCUUGCGCAUGGUUCACGACGAAAGCCCUCGUCAGAAAAAACAGAGCAAAGAGGGUCGGCGGAUUAGUGUUGUCGAGGAGGAGAUAAAAAUUGAGAAGAUGCCAAAAAAGAAGCAGAAAGCACGUCGGAUUGUCAUAGACAGUGAUGACGAGGAUGAGGAGGUGGAGGGUAGCUGGCUAGUGCCAGAGGAUGAACGCGGCCCACUGAGACUUGGGAAGUGUGGAGGAGAAGAGGACGAGAAUGCAGAGGGAGGAGGGGAGGAGAUCGGUUCUGUAGACUCCGAUCAUCCCUCCGAAGAAGAGGAGGAUGACGGCUCCCAACUUAGCAGCUUCAUCGUUGAUGACGAGGACGUGCCGGAAGGCGAGCUACAGGAAUCCGGAUCUGACUCAGACUCAGAGGACGAUACGUUUGUGUCCGUGUCUAAGCGCUCACAAGCCGUUCCUUCACAGCAAGCAUCUGAUUUGGAAGCAUCGGAUGAGGAGGAAGAGGAAACUUCUGGCUCUGAUCUCGAUAGUGACGAUUCUGAGCUGCCUCGCCUCCCUAAACCUGCCAAGCGGCCCUUUUCCCAGCCCAUGCUCACUUCCUCUAAGAAAACUACCUCCUCCGGCAGUGUCAUGAUGUCGGCCAAGAUUCGCGAAAUGCUAUCCAUCCUCCGGAAGGAGGCUCAUGAGCACAAGUUCAUCGUGUUUUCCCAGUUCACCACGAUGCUCGAUCUGAUCGAACCUUUCUUGCGCAAUCAGCCCGGCCUGAAAGCAGUUCGGUAUGACGGCAAGAUGGCUAACGACGCUCGCGAAGCGGCUCUGCACGCGCUGAGGAAUGACCCGCAUACGCGCAUCCUUCUCUGCUCGCUCAAGUGCGGCUCCCUCGGCCUCAACCUGACGGCGGCCACGCGCGUCAUCAUCAUCGAGCCGUUCUGGAACCCGUUCGUCGAAGAACAGGCCAUUGACCGCGUGCACCGGCUGACGCAGACCGUCGAUGUGGUCGUGUACAAGUUGACUGUGCAGGACACCGUCGAGGCGAGGAUCCUGGAACUCCAGGAGAAGAAGCGCAAGCUGGCUGAGGCGGCUAUCGAGAUGGGCGGCAGCACCCGCGGCGGGAAGAAGAAGGAUGCGCUUAAGCUUGGUCUGCAAGAGAUCUUGGAGCUGUUCAAGCAUGAUUCUCGCGCGGCUCUUGCGUCGGAUGAGGGGCUCGAGGAGCUCGAAAGGAAUGCUGUUGUCAAUUCGGAUACCAAAAAUAUGAUCCCCCGGCAGAAGGGUCGUCCGAAGAGACAGGAGCAUGAGGUUUAUGGCAGACGGUGGUGA